AUGGCUAUGUCUCAGAUUGUGAACACGUACCCGCUUUCAAACUACAGCUUCGGGACUAAAGAACCUAAGCUCGAAAAAGACACCUCCGUCGCCGACCGACUCGCUCGAAUGAAAGUCAACUAUAUGAAAGAGGGUAUGAGGACUAGCGUUGAAGCCAUUCUUCUGGUACAAGAACACAACCAUCCUCACAUACUUCUCCUGCAAAUUGGUAACACAUUCUGCAAACUUCCAGGUGGACGCCUGAAGCCUGGAGAAAAUGAAGUUGAAGGCCUGAAAAGAAAGUUGACCAGUAAACUUGGAGGCAAUUCAGCUGCUCUUGUACCUGAUUGGAAGGUAGGAGAAUGUGUUGCAACAUGGUGGCGUCCAAACUUCGAAACCAUGAUGUACCCUUACUGCCCUCCUCACAUCACGAAACCAAAGGAAUGCAAGAGGCUUUUCGUUGUUCACUUGUCUGAGAAAGAGUACUUUGCAGUGCCCAAAAACUUGAAGCUCUUGGCCGUCCCUUUGUUUGAACUGUAUGACAACGUUCAGAGAUAUGGACCAGUUAUAUCGACCAUUCCGCAACAGCUAUCCAGAUUCCAUUUCAACAUGAUUAGUUCGUGAUUCUACUUACUUGGAACAAGAACCCUGUUUGAUGGUUAGUUACUUAGGCACGGUAGAGUGCUGUAGCUACCGGUUUAGAGAAUGAUUUGUGUGGGUUUUCUUUUACAUUUUAGACUUGCUCGGUUUACGAAGAACCGGGUUCAUUCAAGUUUCAGCACAACCAGAUUAUUAGAUCUCGUUUCUAUCUAAAAGCAUUAUCAUUAUGUGACUAACGGCGUUCUUGUCUUACCAUGGAACAUGUAAUUUCACUGAGUGUUAAAUGAUGUUUCUAUUUUGGUUACUAUGUACUCCAUGUUAGAAACAAAAACUAGGCCAUGUGAAAAAUAAAACGUUCUU